AUGGCAGAAGUGAAACUGGAGGAAGACUCUGAGCUCAGGGACAUAAAGGAGGAACCACAGGACCCUGAAUCUACAAAGUCCAUCUACAGAAUGGGGGUCACCUGUGAUCACAGCUACCUGGGCUACAGCAGCUACCUGGGCUACAGCAGCUACCUGGGCUACAGCAGCUACCUGGGCUACAGCAGCUACUUGGGCUACAGCAGCUACCUGGGCUACAGCAGCUACCUGGGCUACAGCAGCUACCUGGGCUACAGCAGCUACCUGGGCUACAGCAGCUACCUGGGCUACAGCAGCUACCUGGGCUACAGCAGCUACCUGGGCCACAGCAGCUACCUGGGCCACAGCAGCUACCUGGGCCACAGCAGCUACCUGGGCUACAGCAGCUACCCAGGCCAACAUCACCACCCAUCACAACUAAACCCACCCCCGGAUUGUGGUUGUGCCUGUUGGGGUGCCUGUUGGGGUGCCUGUUGGGACGCCUGUUGGGGUGCCUGUUGGGACGCCUGUUGGGGUGCCUGUUGGGACGCCUGUUGGGGUGCCUGUUGGGACGCCUGUUGGGGUGCCUGUUGGGACGCCUGUUGGGACGCCUGUUGGGACGCCUGUUGGGACGCCUGUUGGGACGCCUGUUGGGAUGCCUGUUGGGACGCCUGCUGA